AGGCUGAAUGGCCUCAUUGCAAAUACUUAAUAUUCAUAUUGCAAGAAAAAUAAUAUGAAGUCCUCCACUUUCAUCACUUUCUUCCUAUUUUUUGUGAUUGCUAAUACCACCAUCAAUGCAAGAAAAGAUGUUGGAGUGAAUUGGUCAAGCAAUGUCACAGAAGAUGAUCAAAUUGCAGAAACUUCUGCAAAUUAUGAGCAAAAGCAAGUAAUUAUGAGUGAAGAUAAGACGUCAUUUUCUGAUGAUUUUGAACCGAGACCUAAUUUAUCAGUUUAUCACGACGAUGCUAGUGAUGGUAAAGACGGAAAAUCUUUCGUCAAAGAUUUCGAACCGAGGCCUAAUCUUUCGGUUUAUGAUGAUGAUGUUGGUCUCAAAGAAGAGAAACCAUUUGUUAAUGAUUUCGAACCCAGGCCAAAUCUUUCAGUCUACAGCGAUUAGGAGCCAUGCAAAUGGUGACCCUACGUGUUCUUUUAUGCUUUAUAAGUAUGUGUGAACUACUGUGUUAGCACGAAAACUUAUCGAAUUUUACGUUUUGACGUUUUAUUUGUUUUUUUUUAAGCUUAUGGAUUAUAUCUCUAAUGUAUUUUUAUAAAAUAAUGUUGUAAGAUUAGUUUGUUUGAGUGUUUCCGGGCCAAGUGAACUAAGAUGCUCCUCUUAGCUUUCACAAUUGUGCUUAUAUGUAUAAUAAUGAUGUAUAAGUGAGCAAGUGUUUCUGUUGAAAAUUAAUUCAUUGAAUUAAUUUAGUCCAUAUAA